AUGGCUGGCGGCGCAGGCUCGGGCGGCAAGCACAGGUUCUCGCGGGCACCAUGGCAUCGGUCGUGGGGGAGUUCACCACAGCAGCCACCAGGUGGCCAACGAGAGCAGUGGCCGCCGCUCACGCCAGGGUUGCAAGUUGCCUUUCGUCCUGCUGGUGAUGGCGCUCGCCGUGAUCAGUCCAACAAGGGGCAUCGCUGGAAAAGCUCAUUAUGUGGAUGCGGUAAGAACGAAUCCAGAUUCUAUUUCUGCAAGCACUGCGGCUCGCUCAAGUCGGCCUCGAAGCUGGUGCUCUCGGCUCGCCAGGGGCAUUACCUGGUGGCAAAGGAGGGGGGAAAGGAGUACGAGCAGCUUGCCACGUUGUGCGAGAAGCUCGGUGACAGGGCUGGCGCCAGAGCCCACCGUGUUGCAGCCAAGGCCCUCACUGAGCCGAAGUCUGUCACCGAGUCGACGCAGGUACAGCUCAACAAAGCCCACCAGCGCGCCAAAGGCAUCGAGCGCAAGCUGGUGCAGGCGGUGGGCAAGUACAAUACUCUGGAGCAGCAGCUGGCAGCCCAGCGCGACGUGGCGGUACAGCUUCGCGCGGCGCUCGCCGAGGCUGAGGAGCAGCACAAGCAGUUGGUCCAGAAGCUCCACUCCUCCUUGCCGCAGGAGGAUCCGACUGAACUCGACUCAAGGGUGCAGCAGCUCAAGACGGGAGUCAGCUCACUGGCCAAGGACCUGCUCUCGCAGGCGAAGGCCAAGGUGGACGCGAUCAAGAAGGCCUGGUCUGGUGUGAAGGCCAUGGCCGACUAUGCGCUCACCCUCACUGACGAGGGAAAUGCCGAGGGCGCCCGUAGGUCCCUUCUGCUUCAGCCACCUGCAGGGAUUUUGGCUGCUCGUGAGGACUACGUCCCCCUCUUCGAGCAGGUAGCUGUCGCUGUGGGGGCCUCAGCCGACCACGCUUCCUACUCGGCCCUAUACACUCAGGUGCACGAGGCCGCCCAGGCCGCCGACGGCAAGUACGCUGCGAGAGGCCGGUGCCCUCUGGACAGCAAGCUUCACGCUGCCCACCAGGCGGAAGAGGAGGAGCAGGGCGGCGGCAAGGCGGGCCGCGAGGGGGGCAGCGUGGCGCCGUUGUGCCCCGACUGCGGCAGGGAGAUGGCGUGGAGCAACUUCGCGGAGGGGCCCUACCUUGGUGGCUGGCACUGCAGAAACGAGGACAAGUGCGGCUCGAAUGACGAGCUUUCGGCGUACAGGUGGUUCUGCGAAGCGUGCCCCGAGGACAUUUGCGCGGCGUGCGUGGAGGAGGAGCAGGGGGUCGCGCAGCCCGAGGCAUGGGAGCGUGAGGAGCAGAGGAUCGUGCUAGCGAAGGUCAGGGAACAUCAGCCGCGCAUGCCAGUCGUGGAGAAGCCACAGGUGCGGCUUCAGGCGCAGGCGGCGCGGUGCCCCGACUGCGGCGGGGACAUGGAGAGUGGAGCGACUUCGGGGGGGGAGACUACCAGGAUGGCUGGAACUGCAGGAACAUGGACAGGUGCGGCUGGAACGAGGAGCGCUCCGCCUGCAGGUGGUUCUGCCGAGCGUGCCCCGAGGACGUCUGUGAGGUGUGCAUGA